AUGUUAUCGGACGUGAUCAAUCCUGAUAGAAGAGACAAAAAAAGACACCAGAGUCUCGCUGUAACAGCAUCAGUUUCAGAUUUUUCGGAGAAUUUGAAAUUCAAACAACGCGUGGCGGAUCGAGUAAAAGUAAGAGAUUCAAAACGUCUCACUGAUGAUGAGCUUCAAGAAAUGGCUCAAGCAAUAUUUGAUAAUGAGUCUGAGGAAGAAGUAGGAGGAGAUGCAGAUACGUCAGAGGAAGAGUUCAUAGAAGAAAAUGUUGAUACGUCAGAUGAAGAAUACAAAGAAAAAAAUGAUCAGAGUUUGACCUCAGUAGAAGAGUUCAGCGAAGAAGAUGGAGAAGGAAAUAACUCACAUAAUACUGACCAUGUUGAAGAUUACUACGUGGCUAAAGAUAAAAAAACUCUAUGGAAGAAAAACCCUAUUUGUUGA